AUGGUGAAGAUUAGGGCAUUUCCGGGAAAUAUAAAUUCUGAUGGUGUGGUGCGACAUGAUUUACAGCAUCCAGUGGUGGCACGCUAUGUACGGAUACUUCCUCUAGACUGGAGUGGAGAGGGUCAGAUUGGGCUAAGGAUCGAGGUCUAUGGCUGUCCAUAUUGGGCUGACGUUAUCAAUUUUGAUGGCCACGUUGUAUUACCGUACAGAUUUGGACACAGGAAAAAAACCCUGAAAACGCUGAAAGAUGUCAUUGCUUUGAAAUUUAAAACCUCUGAAAGCGAAGGUGUAAUCUUCCACGGAGAAGGCCAGCAAGGAGACUACAUCACUCUGGAACUGAAAAAAGCCAAGUUGGUCCUUAGUUUAAAUUUAGGUAGCAACCAGUAUGGCUCAAUUUAUGGCCACACAUCUGUGACAACCGGCAGCCUCUUAGAUGACCACCACUGGCAUUCUGUAGUGAUAGAGCGUCAUGGGAGAAACAUCAACCUUACACUUGAUAGACACAUGCAGCACUUUCGGAUCAAUGGGGAAUUUGAUUACCUGGACCUGGACUAUGAGAUAACGUUUGGUGGUAUGCCUUUCUCUGGAAAGCCAAGUUCCAGCAGCAGAAAGAAUUUCAAGGGCUGCAUGGAAAGCAUCAUCUACAAUACCAAUAAUAUCACAGACAUGGCCAGGAGGAAGAAGGUGGAGCCUUCUCAUGGGGGGAAUUUAAGCUUUUCCUGUGUGGAGCCCCAUACCGUGCCUGUCUUUUUCAAUGCCACCAGUUAUCUGGAAGUGCCUGGUCGCCCGAAUCAGGAUGUAUUCUCAAUCAGCUUUCAGUUCCGGACUUGGAAUCCUAAUGGACGUUUGCUGUUCAGCAACUUUGCCGAAGGACUGGGUAACGUAGAGAUCGACCUGAUCGAGGGCAAAGUCAGCGUCCACAUCAAUGUCACUGGGGGGAAGAAGAAUCAGAUAGAUAUCUUUUCAGGCGCUGGGCUCCAUGAUGGGCAGUGGCAUGAAGUCCAGUUCUUAGCAAAAGAAAAUUUUGCAGUGCUCACCAUCGACGGCGAUGAAGCUUCCUCCGUUCGGAGUCACAGCCCACUAAAAGUGAUGACAGGAGACAAAUAUUUAUAUGGAGGUUUCCUGACACAGAUGAAUGGCUUGGAGCAUUCUGUUCUUCACCUCUCCUUCCAAGGUUGCAUGCAGCUUAUUCAUGUGGACGAUCAGCUGGUGGACUUGCACGCAGUGGAGCAAGGGAAGCUGGGAAACUUCGCUAAUGUCAGCAUCGACAUGUGCGCCAUAAUUGAUCGGUGUGUGCCCAAUCACUGUGAACAUGGUGGCAAAUGCACCCAAACAUGGGACAGCUUCACAUGCACGUGUGAUGGAACGGGAUACAGCGGAGCCACAUGCCAUAACUCUAUUUAUGAACUCUCCUGUGAAGCAUAUAAACACUUGGGGAAAGCGUCAGGUUCCUACUGGGUAGAUCCAGAUGGCAGUGGUACCCUGGGACCUUUGAAGGUUUACUGCAAUAUGACAGAGGACAAAGUGUGGACCAUUGUGAAUCAUAACCUGCCGAUGCAGUCCGCAGUGGCGAGCAACAAACCAGAGAAGCACGCUUCGCUGCAGCUUAACUACAACGCCACCAUGGAUCAGAUCUCUGCCAUCACCAGCAGUGCCGAGUACUGCGAGCAGUUCGUCUCCUACUUCUGCAAACUCUCCAGGCUGCUGAACACCCCAGAGGGUAAUCCGUACACCUGGUGGAUUGGGAAAUCCAAUGAAAAGCACUACUACUGGGGCGGCUCUGGGCCAGGCAUUCAGAAAUGUGCCUGCGGCAUUGAACGGAACUGUACCGAUUCCAGAUACUACUGCAACUGCGAUGCUGAUCAUAAACAAUGGAGAAAAGACACUGGGUUCCUGUCUUAUAAAGACCAUCUGCCUGUCAGCCAAGUUAUAGUUGGAGACAUCGAUCGGCCUGGCUCGGAAGCAAAGCUCAGUGUGGGCCCUCUGCGAUGCCAUGGAGACCAGAAUUACUGGAACGCAGCAUCGUUCAUUACUCCGUCUUCAUAUCUUCACUUCUCCACCUUCCAAGGGGAAACCAGCGCUGACAUCUCUUUCUACUUCAAAACAUCAGCCCCUGAUGGAGUGUUUCUCGAGAAUCUGGGGAAUACAGACUUCAUCAAACUUGAGCUGAAAUCUGCAACCGACGUGUCCUUUUCAUUCGAUGUCGGAAAUGGCCCGGUGGAAAUCAUUGUGAGAUCACCCAGUCCACUCAAUGAUGACCAGUGGCAUCGCGUCAUUGCUGAGCGAAACGUUAAACAGGCCAGCCUCCAGGUAGAUCAGCUCCCACUGGAGAUCCGGAAGGCCCCUACAGAAGGCCACACCCGGCUGGAGCUCUACAGCCAGUUAUACGUUGGUGCGGCAGGUGCACAGAAGGGAUUUCUGGGCUGCAUUCGCUCUCUACGAAUGAAUGGGGUCACUCUGGAUUUAGAAGAGAGGGCAAAAGUCACGCCGGGAGUGAAGCCCGGGUGCUCUGGCCAUUGCACCAGCUUUGGGAUGUACUGUGAGAACGGCGGCAAGUGCGUUGAAAAGUAUAACGGCUACUCCUGCGACUGCUCCAGGACGGCGUACGAUGGUCCAUCUUGCAAAAAAGAGGUCGGAGCGUUUUUUGAAGAAGGGAUGUGGCUCCGGUAUAACUUUUCAUCUGCAGGAAAUAACCUGAAGGACUUGGUGAGCAGGACUCUCUUCAGCUCCACAGAACCGGAGAAUGCUGCGUCUGACUUGACCCUGGAUAGAGAAGAGCUUAGCUUUAGUUUCAGCACCAGCAAACCCCCCAGCGUCCUUCUAUACAUCAGCUCUUACACCAAGGACUAUAUGGCGGUGCUUUUGAACGCUUCUGGAAAUUUACAGAUUCGAUACCAUCUUGGAGGCACCAAAGAACCAUAUAACAUCAAUGUAGAUCACAGGAAGGUGGCAAAUGGACAACCACACAGCAUUAAUAUCACACGGAAAGGGAAGGAGAUCAUUGUUCAGCUGGACCACUAUCCUCCGACAACCCACAUCCUGCCGGGAACGUCAGACCUUCAGUUCAGCUCCCUGAAGUCCCUCUUUCUGGGAAAAGUAAUCGAACUUGGGACGAUUGACGAAGAGAUCCGUAAAUACAAUACGCCAGGAUUCUCCGGCUGCCUGUCUCGAGUACAGUUCAAUCAGGUCGCCCCACUCAAAGCAGCCUUGAGACCAACCAACAUCUCCUCUCGUGUCCACACAGAAGGUCACCUUGUAGAAUCCAACUGUGGGGCCAAUCCACUAACCAUCCAACCAAUGUCUUCUGUGACAGAUCCUUGGCAUGCCGAUUCAGGUGCCGAUCCCUCCCAUGACGGUAAAAUGCUGGGAAGUAACGUUAAUAGAAAUUCAGCUAUUAUUGGAGGCAUCAUUGCUGUUGUGAUCUUCACCAUCCUCUGCACCCUGGUGUUCCUCAUACGCUACAUGUUCCGCCACAAGGGGACGUACCACACCAAUGAAGCCAAGGGAGCGGAAUCAGCCGAAAGCGCAGACGCAGCCAUCAUGAACAAUGACCCCAAUUUUACGGAAACCAUCGACGAGAGCAAGAAAGAGUGGCUUAUCUAAGACUGGGG